AUGAAGGGAUUUUUGCUUUUUGCUGUAUUCUGCUUAUUCAAUCUUUCUGCAUUAGCACAAAUUGAUGAUGUUGUAGCUUAUUGUAUGAAGAAAUUUGUCAUUGAUGGUGGAUUUAUCAAUGUUGGUGACAUCAACAUCAAUCCUAAUAACAUUGAUACAGCAACAGCUAACUGCGAGACUCUUUUAAAUGCUGCAAGAGCAGAAGCUGUAGGCGGUCUCGAAUCUACAUACAAAGGACAAAAUUUACCUCAAGCAAAAGUUGAUUGCAUUUUGAAAGCCUUCGGAACGAGUAAAAUGUUUGAAUAUUCAACUGCACUUCUUGUUUUGGAGAAUCUUCCAAUAACUUCAGAAGCUAAACAGCAGAACGCAGAAGUAGUUCAAGGUAAAAUGGCAGGUUUUAAUACAGCAGUUAUGGGAUGCUUCAUGGCAUAA